GGUCCCUUUACCAUGUCUGACUCUCUUGCUACAAUAUCAAUAUUUGGCUUGUGUUACUGAGACUAACCUUAACUCAUAAUGUAGAAAUAUGGUUGAAACUCUAAACCUUCGCAGUGUUAAAUACACCCAUUGAACAACAUCACGAAUUGCCAACGCGGAGGUCUGCAUUCAACACUCAGACUUUCGGUAUUUACCACGCGCCUAACCAGUCAUAAACUACUACUAUGGUAACCGAGAAUCACGUUGUUACAUGUAUCACGAGGCCAAGGCACAGAACAUCGACAGUCAAUGGAUCAACGAAGACAACAUGCCAUUAUAAAUCAUAAGCAUAAGCAAGUCUGCUAACAAAAGAUACCUGCAAAGGCAAAAUGAAGUCAAUAGAAUACUCAAGACUGUACUUCGCUCAAGACUGAUGCCAAUGUUGCUGCUCAGGCAUGAGUUUCACAAAACUCUACACCCAUGACGGGAUACUUCACAAUGCCAUCAGCACACCAUUGAAUUUGUCGAAAGCAUAUCCCAUGAUAGACCAAUGCCUAUGCCGGCUCCAAUAUGCCCAUAAUAUGAUCUACCGGCUCUCAUCCGUUACCCAUGGCAUGCAAGUAAUACCCAAAUCGGCUAUCAUGCCACCGAGAUCUGGUGCCUGUCACGAGAGCUUCCCAACAGUCUCAUGUUGAAGUCUUCGCUUAUGAAAGUUAAUAUUUUGUCACGAGAUUUUGACAGGCUCAAGGAGAGAGAUGCCGAAAGAAAGCGUGGAGAAGCGUAAGAUGAUAGUCGAAAGGUUUCACUCAACAAAAGCCCAUCCCCGAAUACGUCCUCCUCGAUCUCGUGCCCGUAUACUUCCCUAACAGGACUUAUCCUUACUCCUCUUCCUGGGGAUUCUACCACUUGCUCCGCCCUGUCUCAGCUGCUCACACAUGUGUGAUCGACGUGAAAUCGAGACCAAAUCGACUCACAUCACUUUCACGUUUCAUGGGGUGAUGUUCCUGUUCGGAUCUCACAGUGGCUGCAACCCGAGCCGCGCUAGAAAAUUUCCAGAAGCAACACCCCAUGUCUCGAAGAGAACAGCCCGCCUGGGCACCAUGGCGCGACCCGACAAUCCCGGCGAAGCCUAGUCAACCGAGUGAGAGUCAGCUGAGGCGAAAGUGUUUUUCUCGCUCGGUGAGGAAGGUGAAGGAGAGUUUCGGCAGAUUCAACCGAUGUUGCGUGGCUUGGCUAGGGAUUGCCAAGGGCCGUGGAGAUCAUGUUAAUGCGAGGAAUGUCUGAGGAACAUAACCUGAGAACUCUCUCUUACACAGCCCAAACGAUUUGUCACCAAGGACAAUGCUGAAUCAUAUUUACCUUCUUGAUCGAGUAGCAUUGUGAUCUUCUCUGACAAAAUGCCGAUCUUGAAGCUCAUCAACAUGAGAACAACGUCACCGAGAAGACCCUCAAGUUGUUGCCCAAGGGCGGAAGCUAAGGCCCAACAAAGUUACGACAGGAGACCGGCGCAGUUCGGGAGAUGCAGGUCAAGCGGGUUCGCUAGGUCAAGCGAGACGAACCGUCGUCUUCGACCUUACUUGGCAGAGCCUCUCUGACUCUCAUUGAUCAAGACAGGCAGACAGGGUUGCAUCGUGUGUGCCAUUGAAACCAAGCCAUCAGAAUCGACAGGGCGUGCUUGACAACCAUUUAAGUGAUUGUAUGGUAUGUACGUGCUCUCAACCUUUGAGAGUCUUCAUUGACAGUUAUCGGUUGAUAUUGCGUUCACUGAUGCCAUGUCAGAGCAUCAACACUGUGAGGACUAUAGAGACAAGUUGACAGCUUAGAGCUUCAACUUCUUCUGAAGUUGAGAUUUGAUGAGCUCUCUCACCGUCAAAAGACAAGAUGAAAUUGACAAUUCGUCACGAAUUCCACAAAAGGUGGAUGGAUGAUCCGGGGUAGCAGGAAUCGUAAUUUUGCCUUGUGAAUCCACCAUCAGAACUAGCAAUUAUCGCCUACCAAAAGGGGACUUAAGAUCUGUGGCUCCGAUCAAAGUCAAACAGGCCGCAAGCCAUGGACCAACAGGAAAUGAACCAUGGACUGAGCAGAGUUUUCACCACACAUGGAUUCGUUUCUGGAAAAUGACAUGGAACCCAAAGGUUUCUUUCCAUCAUGUGAGGCUCCACCACUAAACCACCUCAUACAACAAGGCCUGGGGGCUACGUAUGCACGUCCGUUCCUAAAAGACAACGGACUGGGAUGGUUAUCCAUGGUUGCGACUCAUGGCACAUGUGUAAACGCCGAUGGGAUGCAUCGUAGCAAGCAUUUGAGCAUGAACAGGAUUGUUGGUCGCUGAUGGCCGGUGACACAUGGUCAGAUCUUGCUCGUGAUGAUAUGGCCUCAGCAUGUCAACCCUGUGGAGAGGCCAGAACCUUCGACACAAGGUUCCAUCGAGGCGUUGGGACGUAUUGGGUUUGAUGAAACGGUAUUCUCAAAGUCUGUUUUAACACAAUGGCAUACAUAAUAAAACUCAUCAGUUCUGAAGAAGCGUUUCCGUUCCUGGCUGGCAAACUUUGUGCUAAGGUUUUAUGCCAGGAUGUUGGGAUAUGCCGUCAUACCAUGCGCUAACGUAGUUUGCCAGUUGUCUUUGGAAAUGAUGAGCAACUGCAUAUCAGAUUGAUAUGCAACAGACAACUUGUUUCGCUUAUCUCACAAGGUUUGAAGGACUUUGUUGCACGCUGUAAGAAUCUCCCAGUGCCAGUACACAGUAUCAGGCGUGGAGCAACUUUUAGAUAUCGUGGUAUUCCUUUUGACCGUUGCUCAGGCUAAAAUAGACCAAAAAGGCCUGCACUGAGUUGACUUCAUCGUCUCUCAACUUUGUCUCUCAGAAUAGAGUGCUACGUCAAUCACUUGCUACACUGCUAUUCAAACAGUAUAAAUAAGAGCCAGAUGCGUAAAUCCUUUUUGGAGCUUCGUGUAGUUGGAACACAUGAUGCGGCAGGGAUAGGCUGUGGAUAAUUUACUCGGUUCGGAGGAUUCGGAGGACCUCUAGAAGCCAGGAUCAAGAUGUCUCGAGGAAAGACGCUAAGCAAAAUACGUAGACUAUUGGACAUUCAUGCCGCUGACAGCUCCACCUGGUGCUUUAGCAGUCUGAGUGACCUGGCGGCGUACCUAGGUAGGCCAGAUGUGAUUGUGUAGGGGCCGAUUAUCGGUCUUACGGGGGCCGAACUCAAGUUUGUAUGAAUGCAGCGGCGCCGCAACUGUUCAACAUUGAACCAGAUGACCACAAGAGCUGAAGGCUUCAAUGCAGCCUCUAUCAAUCAGAUGCGAAUGAUAGCCAGAAAGGUUGGGGUGCACAGCGGGGGUUGAAGAUAAACAGAUCCCUGCUGAGAGAUAGCGCCAGAAUGAUGGGUCAUAGUCGUUCCCUGAGUUUUCUAGAACUGCCAGGGUCACAGCCAAAACAAACGGUGUAAUUAAGCAUGACAGGAUGAUCGACCGCACAGAGCGAAAUGACGGACCAGAUGCUGGCAUGACGGGACCUCACUGUGAGCUCUAGCUCAGGUUCUUCAAAUUCCAUCGACAAGGGCAUCUGUAAGAGAUUGCAACAAAUGCUGAAAAUUUCAACAACCAUCACGGGAUAACAGAUCAAUGAUUGGGUCAAUGAAAUGGGUGCCAGAUUCGGGGCUGUCUGUCAAAAAAGACGAGAAACGCAUUCUGGCACAUGCCCUCCGCCACCAAGGCGCACCGCGAACCGUUGAACACCACUAAGGAAAACCGAAAGCCGCCCUUGCUGCUCUCUUGACAACCGCCCAGUGACUGAAGCGUUUCCGGUGAGAGGGCUGGAGCGAAAGCGGGGGCUCCGAUGUUACAGCUGCCGAUCAGUUCAGCCAGAGAGAGUGACCCGGCGGCCGAGCGAACAUUCAGCCGGCGGCCACACGACACAUGAGCGAAAAACGAACAAAGCUUUGUUGAUGAUGAUAGUCGAGGGGGCUGAUGGUUUUGUAUAUCUGCAAAUCUCGAGCAUCGAAAAGACCAUUUGUAUGCUUAUCAGGGAGCGUAUCUCUGGCAUCCCACUGUCUCACACCAGGCCCAGGUUGGUCUUUUCCUUCCUGGGUUCAGCUCGACCGUAAAGAGGAUGGGCUGGGAGAGUUAGUUCCAAGGUUGAGUGGGAUGUGAAAGUGCCAGGGCAUGCAUGGCUGCAGCGUCUUGUCGGAGUGCGAGUGGGCUGGUCUGGUCUGGUCUGCUACGGUAGACUCUCACUCGCCCCUUGCGAGUGACGCUGCGUGUGCUGUUGGCGAUUGAUUGAACGCUUCACGAUUUAUCCCUCAUGUGAAAUGUUUAAAAAGAGAUCACGGUGGGACCGUGCACUCCCCAUGCUUUGACGAUGGAUGUCCAUGUCGAAACCAAUGGAUGGAUGGAUUGAAGGGGCCAUGCUGAAGAAUUUAAGGUGAAGAUUGAGAUGGACUGGUUUUUUUAGUGGAUGCCUCCUUGCUCCACUUAUGGGCCUUGGAAGCCCACUCUCAUGCCUCGAAUACGAGUCUUUGAUUGGCCCAAGGGCUAAGGCCCUCGAGUCGACAGAGAAAAGAAGGAGUUUCCUAGGCUGCCCCCUCCUCUUAAUUUACAUUACAUAAAACCGUAUUCCCUUGCGGCCUGAGUGAUCCCCUUCUCUGUUAUCGCAACUGUCCCCCCCAAGAACUCGACGCGAAUUACAGCCCGUCUUUUAUCUCUUGGUAGAAUUUCUUACGUUUUUCAAAGACCCUUACCUGCGACUUACAACUGAUAGGCGCUUGUUAGACGCAGCGCGUAUCAUUGUCACUCAGCCAGUACUAUCUUUGAUAGCCAAGCGUUUUUGAUUUUGUCUGCGUUUCUGCGUCUGAUAAGGGCCCUUUUCACACUCCAGUACGCUGUUGACCCCCGUACGACCCCCAAUCCGGGCUGCAUUUCCUAUCUCUUGCGCCCGCUCCCCCUACGCCCGCAACCGCAAAGCAAAAACCCAACGGGCGCACACUUGCCUGUCUCGAUUCUUUGCGCCCGUCGUCGUCUUGACGUUCCACCUCGUCACGUAACAGAAUUCCCGUUUUGCGUCUCUGGGGCGUUUGCCGCUGCGCGGCAAAUCGUCUAGUAGCCCGGUCUGGGUAAUGGCAGACAAGAUGUCAAUCGAUAAGGCGGAUCCUGCGCAACACCAAAACAACAACAAUCACCUCAACGGCCUAAACGGUCAUUCUCGGGAAGAGACCGACUCUCUCGUUGGCUCCAGCCCUGAGGGCGAUCAUCACCCUGCGAUAACCUCUGCUGCCAAUGCCACCCAAGAGCCUCAGCAGCCCAAGAGGAAGGGCGGCCGCAAACCUAUCUAUGCGACUUCCGAAGAGCGAAAGCAGAGGAACCGACAGGCUCAAGCUGCUUUUCGUGAACGCCGAACUGAAUACAUAAAGCAACUCGAAGAGACCAUCCGCGUCCAUGAGUCCAACCUCCACAACCUCCAGGCGGCUCACCGCACUGCCGCCGAUGAGUGUCUGAUGCUUCGAUACAAGAACUCGCUUCUCGAGCGUAUUCUUCUCGAAAAGGGAAUCGAUGUCCAGGCUGAGCUUCGCGCCAAGACGGGUAGUCCUAACUUGGGACCAACCCAUAUGCCUCAGAACCUCGUUCAGCCUCCUCCUAUCCAGCGUGCGAUAAUGAACCGACACCACCAGUCUCGACGAUCAAACUCGAACAUCGCCCCCAAGGCUGAGCCUGUGCCAGUACUGCCACCCCCGCUGCAACCUCAUUCGAAUGCUACCUCACCCAAAAAUCGACCUACACCAUCGUCUCAUUCCAACUCGCCGAGCAACACUGGCUCCGCCUUCUCUCCUGCCGCCUCGGAUAACAUGUCGAUGAGAGGUUCGAUGACUAGCAUGUCGCGCCAGCAGAUGCCCCAGCAGCAACAGCAACAGAUGCCUCAGAACACACAGGCCCCUCGAUCAUCGAUGAUGCAGAAUGGUGGACGGGGAGGUCAAACAGGAUCCGGAGCUUCUUACUACCCUACCCCUGCCUUCCAGAACCAUAUUGAACAACUUGAGCAAGAAUAUGAACAAGAUGGCAUGAUUGACGAGCCUGAAAUCGAAACACCAGCUGGUCAUGGAGGAUACCCCUCAGGCUACAAUGGAGAGAACCAGCAGCCUAUGAUGAUGUCGCCUGCCUCUAGCGGACCUGGACACCAGAUGACGCCAUCUCAUGAACCCGUCCAACAGCCACAAACCACGCACUCGCAAUACCCAUCAAUGACCCAGCUUUUAGACCAGAAUGGCCUGGAUUGGGACCCUUUUGGAUUGAGUGCUAGCAUGGCAUUUCCCAACGGGCAGCAGUUUCAGUUCGAACAAGCCAACAUGAGGUGAACUUGGAGCUCGAACAAACCUCUGGAAUUGGUCACCUAGAGGGUCCAUUCAUCGACAGAUGCCUGAAGAGCUGCUAUCACGGGAGACUCCAUACUUCCGUCAGCUCUCGCUCAAGUCUUGAAACCCAUGGUCGAGAGUCUGGGGGGUUGAGAAACCACUCCUUAACAUAAACCUUCGCGCACCAUUGGCAUGCUUCAUGAAGAUAAAAACACUUAACGGUCGCACUUGAUUGAAAGGCAAUUUCGACGCGAUUGACUUGUUGAUUCUUCUGCGGGAUGUGCGAUAGAUAUAUCCCACCGCAACAGACUUGAGCAACAGGCUCACCACAGCGAGGCCUAUAGUCAUACCCAUUCUCCAUGUAAUAUCGCGCUGGGGAUGAGUAGGGCUAUGGUAGCAUCCUGAUGGCAAGGCAUGUCGAAGGACUUGACGACUACAAGCAAAGACAGAACACUUUAGCAUAAAGAUUAUGCCGUGUUGAACAGCUCUAGCAGUACUAUAUACAAAAGCACCUAAUUAUCGCUUCUCACAACUUUUAACGACAAAUCAUUUCAAGAGCGAGAUAUACCUGUCGGCUUAAAACAAGUGAUGGGACAGUGGCGCAGAAAGGACACUGGAAAAAAGAAAACUAGUAUUAUAUUACGAUGUCGGGAUUUGGUUUGACUGAGGACUCAAUGUUUGAGGAUUUCUAAAAGUUAUAUGAUCAGACAAAGGAUCUGUUGAAAGCGGUGUUUAUUUUUGAGAUAUCAAAUCAUGCAAUAGUUGGUUAUAACGGGACAUGAGACUUGAACAUAGCAAUUGCGUAACGAAGCACGCAGUGAAUACCAUCUUUUGCAACAUGUAUCGCUCUCCAAUAACUCUUGAUCAUUGUCCCUCGUCGAUCUCACCGAGUGGGACAGCGGCUGAACCUCUAGUCACUAACAUUACCCCAGAAAUGCACGAUCAUAGACAAAGGGGAUUGGAGCCAACAAGGAACCAAGCAAGACUUGGACUGGGGAAGAUGCCACACGAUGUGGGACAAGGUGACAAGAGGACAAGGUUAAGCAAGUCAAGGUGAAUCUUGGCGUAGUGCCGAAUAGCCACGAGGCUUCUUAUGCGUUAUGUAAGUGUUAUUAAUGGCUUCGCUGCUUUAGUCCCUAGUUAGUUGACACUGGGGCGAGGCCUGUGAUCUGAAGUCGGAGGCGGGUCGGAACGGAUGCGGGAUAAUCAGUGGGACUUGUAACUUUAGAUGAUCGACGAUAGUGUGAGUUUGUUUGACGAGAGUGUGAGCAAAGGGGGAAGGCUGGGAAAUUGCGGAAGAAGACGGCGAUGUUCUGGAACCCCUAUUGUUAGUAUUGAAGCCAUCGUCUUUAAGGGCAGAGGUAAGUCAGACAGGACGAACUAAGGAAGAUUACAUGGGGAUAUUCUACUUUGAAUACUAAAUACCUGGCCUUUAGAUCAGUGCUGCCCGGUC